CCUAUAACAGUUUAAGCACCGCAUUAUUGCCUGGUUCAAAUCGGAGAGGUAGAAAUAAAUGGAUUAACAAAUAUACAUCACUAACAUUACGAGAUUCUAAACUACAAGCUAAGAAAGUACAAUCUAAAAUAGACUUUUUAAUGAGCCAAGAAUGGAAGGACAAACAAUUGUUUUUAUCUGAAACUCAUUCAGAAUCAUAUGCGUUAUUUAGUUAUAAUCUGCAAAAACUUAAACCAUCCAAAGCAAUUACUAAAGCAUUUGAAAAUGAAGAUAGAAUAAAUCUUGAAAAUUUUUAUGUAAAAAAUCUCUUCGACGUCAGCCACGUACAAGCUGGCUAUUUGUUAAAAAACUGGCAUGCUAUAGAGGGGCGUGAAUUGUCUCCCCAAAAAGCUAACCAAGGUCAAAACAAAUCAAAUAAGUUUGUUAAUCUCAUGAAUCAGUCGUUUAUAAAUUUGAAAGAACACUUCGGAGUGAAAAAAGUUUUAAUUUCCACAUUUCAACCUGAAAAAAAUUCUACACUUUCCGAUGAUAACUUUCGUGAUCCUACGGGUUCGACAAUUAAAACUGAUAAUGAAAAAUGUAGUUAUCAUAUUCAAGACAACCUCGAAAAUUGCAAUAAUAAUGAAAAUUUUGUUGAAAACAAAAUGGAGCGCAUUGAACAUAAACAAGUUUUAUCAGACCACGGCACACCUAUAAUCGAAAAUACCGUCAGCACAGUACAAGAUGAUCAAAGCUAUAGUUCAGCGCAAGUUAAUAUCAAGCAAAACUACUUAAGCACCUCACAAAAUCCUUCAGAAAAUCUUGUAAGUAUAUCUAAGGGAACUCGCAGCCAAUCGCCGAAUAUAUUCGCGAGUUCAGAAGACGAAUUAGAAGAAGUUGAUAUUCCAAAAAUGACAUCUUGCAAUGAAUACGAAACAAAUGCAUACCAAGAAGCUAUUUCAGUCGUAUCGCCUUUGAAUAAUACAGAUACUAGAGAAAAUCAGAACGCCACAAGUCCUAUUUCGAGUAUUAUAGAUUUAACUCAAGAAGAAGAGCAUGAGUAUAUCGAUGGUGAAAGCUUUAAGAUCUUAAUGGACAAUAUUACACCAAAUGAUGUCAACGAAAAUACGGAUUGGAGAACGAUUAAAGAAAACUCAUUUGAUCGAAGUGAAAUUGCUACAAAUUCAAGAAAUUUAGACAACUUAAACAAAUCCGGUGCAAGUUCCGAAAUCGCAUCAAGUACAGGGAAAGUGAGUAUCGAUAGAGAGGAUAGUUCUGAAGAUUGCAUAGUUUUGUCAGAUGAUGAAAUCAAUUACUCAAUUUGGAGAGCGGAUAUGAAUAGUUUUAGUCAAGCGUCAGCAAAUGGUUUACUCAAUGAGGACGAUGAAUGUGUGGUAGCAGAGCCUUGUGAAGUGCAUAUUGGUACAUCCAGAUUAGCUAAUCGUUCCGCCGAGCUUCUUGAAUAUGGAAUUUUAGACAAUAUAUCAGAACCAUUUACACAACGUUCUGAGAUUAACAAUAGCCCCUCCCAUCAACCCGAAUUAUCGCCAACGUUGCUCGCACCAGUCGGGUUAGAUGGCUUAUUAAAUGGCGAUAUAAGUUUAAAUAACACGAAAGAAGAAAGAAAUACCCUAGAUGUUCAAUCAUACACAAGACCUUUGGAAGUUUCAGCAUAUCCUCCUGAUGAAUAUGAAAUAUCAGGUAGGAUAUAUACCACCAGCAUUGUCACUGAUCCUAAACCGGAGUUUAUGCAUCAAUCAGAAUCAGAAAUAUUGAAACAACUUUAUCAAUAUGGCAUCAAACCUUUAAAACGGAAACAAGCUGUCAAAUUGUUGGAGUUUAUAUAUAAUUCAACACAUCCACUAAUUCUCAAACAAACUCCCAAUUGUAGUAAGCAAAACGAAAACAAUCGCAUUCCUGAACAAUCUAAUAAAGGUCCUUCGAAUCAUAUUAUUCCAUCCACAAAUAAAUUACAGCUAAAGGACUGUUUUGGCUCUCAAAUACAGCUAUUUAAAAAUGAUUUACAACUCGAUUUGAAUUGUGAGGACUAUAUAUUUCAGACGAAUGUUACUAAGAAGACGUCACGGCCGCUGUUACCUCUUCAUAUCGCCUGGCAUAAUCUCGUUUCCUCCAGUAUAAUUUUGAAUGAAACUAUUCUCACGUAUCAGCCCAUAGAUUUGCAAGAAAUUUACGUAUUUUUGAAGGAAAUCGGAUAUCGUUUCGACCCAAAGGACAUAAAAGCUUUCCUUGACAAGCGCUGCAUAAUUUUCCGCUAUGAUAUGACCCAACCAGAUCGCCAGGCGGAACGCCAUAUCCGAAAACAUAAAAAAGCUACUAAAAGAUAGCGAAUUGUUAUGAACUAAAUAUUUUAAUUUUUUUUCUUAUGUAUGUGAUUAAUUUUAAAAACUGCCUCACAAUUAUUAAAAAAAUUAUUGAAUAUUGAAUUUGUAUUGAAACAUCGAAAAAAAAAGUAAUAACAAGAAAAAAACGGCUGGAGGAAAGCUAUAAUACCCUUCACAGGUGCAUUUCUUUUAACAGCUUUAUGUAUAACUAAAUUCGGUAAUGUAUCCAAUGGAAUAUGCUUUCAUAGUUUUAGGCAAGUUGUUUGAUACAAAGAACCACGAACAUUUCAAUAUUUUUUUUUUUUCGAUAAAGUAGUAAAUAUUUUAUCAAACUUUAUAUUAUUAUAAAAAGAUUUUAUGAAAUAUGAAAAAAAUCGGUCUGUACGACGUGUCUCCGCGUUGACAGUUGAACUUUUCACAGGGUCAUCAAAAGUUAAAAAAUCGUGUUUUUCCAGGUAUAGGAAGAAAAAUGUUUUUCUGAUCGAAUAAAAAAAAUGUUCGCUCAAGACCUUUCUCUACAACUAUGUAUUACUCCGAUCAACUUGAGAUUUUAUGACAAUAGUCCUGGGAUGUUCUAGAAAUAAAUAAUAAAAUAAACUUUUUUUUUUAAAGUCGUGAAACCCAUUUAACCCCUAAACAAAAUAAAUAUAUAUAUAUAUUUAAUGAAUCUUAAUUUUGAUCGGGGAGUUUGUACGACGCCUAAAUGCAAAUGUGGGCCGAUCUGAACAAUAUAUUCAUAUAUUAUAUCAACUUGCACUGUGUAGAGCGCGACAAGGAGGCGGAAUUUAUCACAGGGGAGGUUAAUUAGUUCUUUGAACCUCGAGAGGUUGCACCCUUCUAGAAGCUGCUUGGCAUGGC